AUGUCCACCUUGAACAUGCAUCCUCCACAAACAUACUCCAGACUCUUCCGUCCUUGGGAUUGCAACUCACGUCCUGAAACAGGCAAAACGCCUGAUGGAAACGAACCGGCCCACCAGCGACCAUUGGUGAAAAGGGAGUACAACUCCUCGAACGAAGACAUGUCAACCUCCUCCACUUCACUGAUAAAGGCCGAGAAUCUGUCCUUCAGUGGCAAUGAAAGUGAUCGCGAAUGUGCUUCAUCCAGCAGCUCGUCAACAAAGUCCUACGACGAAAGUUUCAACAACAGCUUGCAAAUGGAGCGCUCCUCCUCACCUUCGACCAAAGCUGCUCCAAGCUCACAUGCCAUCCGUCAACCCCUGAACUAUCCAACGGCCUCCAACACCCAUCUCUAUGGACCUUUGGAAGGUCAUAUGCACCACAACGCAGCAAUGCCCAUGAUGGCUCCAUCCGCCAGUGAUCUCUACUAUGCUGCAGCAGCCGCUGCUGGAUUACCCAAUGUAGCCGCCACCAACUCAUCCCCAGCUGCAGCUGCUGCUGCCGCUGCCUAUGCGCUCGAUCCAUAUGCCUUGAGUUUGAUGGAGCAGGAGUAUGCUCGCGUCAUGGCCGAGGAGGCCCAUCUCAAGGCCGUCAAUGCCCGCAAACAAAGGCCAAAGAAGUUCAAAUGCCCCCACUGCGACGUUGCCUUCUCCAACAAUGGCCAACUCAAGGGUCAUAUUCGCAUUCACACCGGCGAAAGGCCUUUCAAAUGUGAUGUGGAAACCUGUGGCAAAACAUUCACCCGCAAUGAGGAGCUGACGCGUCACAAGCGCAUCCACACCGGCCUGAGACCUUAUCCCUGCUCGGCCUGUGGCAAAAAAUUCGGACGCCGCGAUCACCUCAAGAAGCACAUGAAAACUCAUAUGCCACAAGAGCGCCAAUUGGGUCCAGCCAUAUUCGUACCCAUGUAUCCCUAUCUCUACGGCUAUUAG